CACGUGAGUGCAAAGAUAGGCCAAUGGGCGCUCUCGGGGCGUGGCCAAGAAAGCAUCGCUACCAUCGUGCUAGCUGAAGGAGUCCUGUGUAACUAGCUUUGCUAACUCAUGCCAUGACAACUUGGGCUAUUUUUUCUGAUUGUGGUAUCCUUUUUUUCAUGGACAUUGGGAUCUAGAAUGGAAACAACAACUUGUGCGUGAAGGUCGUAGUUUUGUUUGCCAAGAGUACCCGAUAGGACAGCUGCCCCGGUGGACUAGCCAGUAAGCUAGCGCGGCUAACCGUAAGAUACUCACACUGUCUGCCACGAUCAGCACAACAGAUACCAAGCGAAGUCCACAAGUCGGCGUUUCGACGUUUCUACCAUUAUAAUGGAGAAGGCUGAUUUCUUGAAAGGACUUCCUGUCUACAACAAGAGUAAUUUCAGCAGAUUCCAUGCAGACUCUGUUUGUAAAGCAUCUAAUCGGAGGCCCUCUGUGUACCUUCCAACACGUGAAUACCCCUCUGAACAAAUUAUUGUAACAGAGAAAACCAACAUCCUCCUGCGUUACCUCCAUCAGCAGUGGGACAAAAAGAAUGCAGCAAAGAAAAGGGAACAGGAACAAGGUGAGGGCGACAGCCCAGCACCCCCAAGGAAGAUCGCCAGGACAGAUAGCCAAGAGAUGAAUGAGGACUCAUAAAUAUGUGUGCGUGUGUAUGUGUGCGUGAAUGUAUGUGUGUUUGUGUGUACAGGGUAUAGGCAAUAUAACCUAACAAAAACAAAUGGAUAAUGGAUGGAUAAUCCCACCUGAAUAAAGACUUCUGACCAUUCUGUACUAUGGCAGGAUGCCUUUCCUGGCAUGAAAUUGAGAAUAACCCAUAAAGAAGUAGCGAAAUUCCUAUCAAUAAAGCAGCCAUUAAUGGUGUAAAGAUCGAUUGGAUUAAAAGGUGUCAGAGUCACAGUUAGUCACUGACAUUGACAGAAGAGAGCCAUCACUGGGGGGGAGGGGGACUUUAUACUGGUGUUUCUUUAAUUAAUGGUGGCUAUUCCCUGUGUGGGUUAGUAUAUGUGUAUAUGUUUGUAUGCAUGCUGAGCUGUGAGUCUGUGUCUAUUGUGUGUUGUACCGUACGUGUGGGGUGAGUGAAUAGUUGAAAAAGUGUCAGAGCAGAUUUAAAGUCAGAGAUGGACUUGACAGAUAAAGUCAGACACUACUCUUAAAAUCAGUCUCAUAACUGGUACAUGACUUGUGUAGCCUUCUGUCUCCUGGAGAGUCUGUCCUGAUUUGUGCAAAGAUAACAUUUUGUUACAGUUUUAAUUUUAUUAUAACUAUUAUUGUUUAUGUAUGGCAAUGAGCUUCCUGCCAACCACAGUGCCCGCCCUCUCCGUUUCACUGCCCACUCUGCAACCACAUGGGGGCACUGCAACAUUUUUCCACACUGUUUGAAUCAACAGAACCAAGAAUGCACUGUGAAGAACAGCACAAAGUAGAAGCAACUCUUCCCCUUAGACGUGUGCUUAUUGUGAAUAUGCAUAUCUUCAUUCUAUUCUGGGACUUGUGCUUGUAGGAUAAAUGUUGUGUUGGUGUCGGAGAAAUAUUUUUACAUCUAGCACCACCUUCUGGCCAGUCAAAGCUAGUAAGAGAGGGUUCGGCCUUGAGUUUACGCUUUUCUUUCAACAACAGAUGUAAAAGAAAAAGAAUGGAAAAAGUUACUUCCAAGUGUGAAUAUGUUCAUCAUAUUGUUGGAAUUUCAGUUGCACAACUUGGUAACAGCACAGAUAGUGAAGAAAAAUAUGUAUAGCAAUGUAUGGAAAUGGGUAAGAGAAUACAUUAUGUUGUGUGUAAAUAAUUACCAAUACCAGAAUUAGUUUAUCCAAUGGAAUAUCUUUGUGUCUGCCUUUUUGUAAACUAAUACAUGCCUGUGGAUACAAUAGAAAAUCACCCUUGUGAAAGUAAAGACGAGAGCCCCAUGUCCAGUGGAUGUUAUCUUGCCCUGCAUGUUGAUGUUUUCACAGCUGGGUCUUAUAUUCCUGGACCAGUAAUAAAACUUCAGGGGUGUUGGGGCUGUGGUGUUAAUUCGUGUGACUGCGGAAGGUAUUAGCCUGGAGGCCUUACAACCUGUCGUCGCGGUUCGGACCCUUUUGCUCCCCCAGCUCGGGGCCCGGGAUAGCUGUGCUGUUCGCCCUAUCUUUGUGACAGCCCCACAUGGUUUUUGUCCGAGAGCUGGCUUAGAUGAUCACAGUGGGAUUGAAAGGGGUGUUAUAUUUUCAGCCAUAGAAUGCACAAUAAGCAUGCACAGCAAAGUGCAGUCGCCAUCCUGCCUUGUUCCAGAGAUUCAGUUUGUAUUGGUGUCAUAUACUGUACAACACUGAAUAAAGCUUUUUAUUAAAUGUUCUUACCACUGCCCAUCAGAGCCACAUCAAAGCCUCCUGUCCUUUUAUCGGUUGAUGCUGCAGCGUGGGUUACAUACAGUGUAAAUACCCUGUCUGUUUUUGAAGCGUAAAAAAACCAUGUUAUGCUUCUGCUCAGAUAGACUGUUCUUCUACACACUAAGCCUUGCCCCAUCAUGUGUUUUAGAUAUUCUUUUUAGCUUUGCUGAAAUAAAACUGGAUUGAAACUGGGUUUUUGUCAUGUGGU